CCUCCCCUUCAGUCUUACACAGGUGUACUGGCUCCUCCCCUUCAGUCUUACACAGGUGUGCCGGCUCCUCCCCUUCAGUCUUGCACAGGUGUACUGGCUCCUCCCCUUCAGUCUUGCACAGGUGUGCCGGCUCCUCCCCUCCAGUCUUGCACAGGUGUGCCGGCUCCUCCCCUCCAGUCUUGCACAGGUGUGCCGGAUCCUCCCCUCCAGUCUUGCACAGGUGUACCGGCUCCUCCCCUUCAGCCUUGCACAGGUGUACCGGCUCCUCCCCUCCAGUCUUACACAGGUGUACCGCCUCCUCCCCUCCAGUCUUGCACAGGUGUGCCGGCUCCUCCCCAUCAGUCUUGCACAGGUGUGCCGGCUCCUCCCCAUCAGUCUUGCACAGGUGUCCCGGCUCCUCCCCUCCAGUCUUGCACAGGUGUCCCGGCUCCUCCCCUCCAGUCU